AUGCGUGGUUCAUGGAAUGGACUACAAGCAUUGUUUCUUCAAGAUUGUCCAUAUGCAUAUUAUGUGCAUUGCUUUGCUCAUCGCUUGCAAUUAGCAUUAAAUGGCGCAGCUAAAGAUGUGAAAGUUGUAUGGAGAUUUUUUUUAAUGUUGACCAACAUUGUGAAUUUUAUUAGUGCUUCUGCUAAGCGCUGUAAUGAGUUAAACUUAAUUCGAAAAGCUGAACUCAAAGAGUUGUUGGAUUCUGGGGAACUUGAGACAGGUAAAGGACUUCAUCAAGAUCGUACUUUGAAACGAGCAAGAGCCACUCGUUGGGGCUCUCAUUUUGCCUCUAUUACAAGUUUGAUGAGUUUAUUUAAAGAGACUAAAUUACUCCUUCUGGAAAUCAGUGAUCAUGGACCUAACCAACAGUUUCGUGGCGAUGCAGAGAGUAACUAUAUUGCUAUGAUGUCUUUUGAGUUUGUGUUUGCAUUGGUUUUGAUGGAUAAAAUUAUGGGAUUGACCAAUUUUCUUUGUCAAGCAUUUCAGACUAAAACUCAAGACAUUGUAAGUGCUUUAAAUUUUGUUGAAAACACAAAAAUGCAACUUCAAGAUAUGAGGGAACAUGGUUGGGAUGAUUUAUUCAUGAGUGUGGUAUCAUUUUGUGAACUACAUGGUGUUGAUGGUCCUGAUAUGGGUGCUCGUUAUAUGACGGGCACACGUCGUUCUUGUCAACAAAAAGAUGUUAUUACAAUUGAGCAUGCCUAUCGCGUUGAUGUAUUUAAUGAUGUUAUAGAUUGCAUGUUGAAGGAGUUAAAUGAUAGAUUUCCGGAGCAAACAGUUGAACUUCUUACCCUUAGCUCCUCAUUGGAUCCUCGUAAUUCCUUCAAGUCAUUCAAUAUUGAGCAUAUAUGUAAACUUGCCGAGAAAUUCUAUCCUGCUGAUUUCCUUCCACAUGAGUUGAAAGCUUUAGAAACAGAGCUCAGGUAUUUUCAAAAUGAUAUACAUCACCUUCCUUGCUUUAAGGAAACCACUACCCUUUCUCAGUUAUGUCAACAAUUGGUGGAAACAACUUUGGCAGAAAACUACAUUUUCCUUGACAGGUUGAUUCGGUUGGUGUUGACUCUUCCUGUUUCUACAGCAACAACAGAACGAGCUUUGUCAUGUAUGAGAAUUAUUAAGAAUCGACUUCGAAGCACCUUAGCUGAUGAAUUUCUUGCUGACUGUAUGAUCCUCCACAUUGAAAGAGAGUUUGCUAAUAAUAUCGAUAAUGCAUCGAUAAUUGAGGAAUUUAAGAGUUCCAAGCCUCGCAGGGUUAAAUUUUAG